CACUUAAAUUACCAUCAGUAAAUCAAAUUUUGAAACAAAAAAUUGAUAAAAAAAAACAAUUAGAAACUGACGAAAACGAAGUUGAAAAUUUCGAAGAAAAUGAUCCUACAGAUAUUAGAAAAGAAGCUGUCUAUGAUUUAUAUUUAAAUUAUAUGGAAACAGGAUCUUCAGCUUUAGCUCAAAUGUUAUUAAAAAAAUAUUAUGCAAUAUAA